UCUAGCCCUCCGUUUGGUCUCCCUUGUUUUUCCCCUCUUUCUCUGUUCCAAAUGCCGGGCUUCAGUAGUGGGGGGGUCGGGGGAGGAGUAGGUGGCCCGGCUUCCACUCCUCCCCAUCCAUUUCGGCCCAGUCGUUAUGUCCCGGUGUCUGCAGCCACCACUUUCCUUGUCGGCUCCACCACACUCUUCUUCUGCUUCACGUGCCCAUGGUUGUCGGAGUACUUUUCCUCUGUCAUUCCCAUUUAUAACGCUGUGGUCUUCCUCUUCACCCUCGCCAACUUCUGCAUGGCUACUUUUAUGGACCCUGGAGUCUUCCCCAGAGCGGAGGAGGAUGAGGAUAAAGAGGAUGAUUUCCGCGCUCCACUCUACAAGACGGUGGAAAUCAAAGGCAUCCAGGUGCGCAUGAAAUGGUGCUCCACCUGCCGCUUCUACCGCCCGCCACGCUGCUCGCACUGCUCUGUCUGCGACAACUGUGUAGAGGACUUUGACCACCACUGCCCCUGGGUGAACAACUGCAUCGGCCGGAGGAACUAUCGAUACUUCUUCCUCUUCCUAUUGUCGCUCACCACUCACAUCAUAAAUGUGUUUGGCUUUGGCCUGGUCUAUGUGCUGCACCACCGCCAGCAGCUGGACACGCCGCAUGCUGCUGUUACUAUGGCUGUAAUGUGUGUGGCUGGUCUGUUCUUCGUCCCAGUAGCUGGCCUGACUGGGUUCCACAUAGUGCUGGUGGCACGCGGUAGGACUACAAAUGAACAGGUUACAGGCAAAUUUCGGGGAGGCGUUAACCCUUUUACCAACGGCUGCCUGAGGAACAUCUCGCAUGUGCUCUGUAGCUCCCAGGCCCCCAGGUAUUUGGGUCGCUGGCGGGGCCCACAGACUGUUGAAGUACAGCCCCCAUUUUUGAGGCCGCCCCUCACGGAGGCACAGCUAGAAGCCAAGGUCCUGGACAAUGGCAUCCAGAAUGACCGACACAGCACUCGGUCCAAGAGCAGUCUGGACCAGAUGGAGAGCCAGUCAGCAGACGCGGAGCCUCCCCCGCCUCCUAAGCCGGAGCUCCGCUACCCUGGUCUGCCCCGCACUGACACUGAGGAGAGCAGCUUGUUGACCGACGCGCCUCCUACUCCUUCAAUGUACAAGUACCGGCCAGCCUACAGCAGCCCGGGGAGAAACCACUCCGCACUCACUCACCCCAACAAGAUGAUCCGUGGGGAGAGCCUUGACUCUCCGUCCCCUUCCAUCCUCCAGUCUAGCCACCAGCUCAGCUAUCGCUCGGAGCCCAGCAGCCUGGAUGGGGCCACAGUGGUGGGAGGAGGUGUAGGGGCACGCAGAGGAGGAGGGGAGAGGGGCGAGGGUCCCGGAGGCCCUGGUGGGCCGGCUGGAGUGGUCUCAGGGGGCAUGUCGGGUUACUCCCUGGCUGGGCGCUCCUACACCUCCUACCCAUCCUCCUUGGUCCUGUCCACUGGUGGCUCCCGCUCCUCAAGCCUGCGCUCAGCGCACACAGCACACAACGUGCUGGCCACACUCCAAUCAGAGGGCACCACAGACACCAGCUACAAGAGCCUGGCCAAUCAGACGCCUCGGAAUGGAAGCCUGUCCUAUGACAGCCUGCUGACGCCAUCCGAGAGCCCUGAGUUUGAGUCGGCUGCCCACGAGCUGUCGCCGCAAAAGCCACGCGCCCCGUUUCCCCAGGCAUCAGGGGUAAAUGUUGCAAACCAGCCUGAGGCAUCCUCAGUCGGUGCCCCACUGCAGGGCUACACGUCGCCCUUCCUCUCCGCUCAGAUAGCCCAGCAGAGGGAGGGGCAGCUGUUCCAGGGCUCCGCCUCUUUCUCCUCCCCCCACAGGGCCUACCUGCGUGCCGUGAGCCCACUCCCUCCCUCCUCUGGCCCUCCUGAGAACCUGCAACUGCUCCAUCACAACCAGGACUCCUCGCGCCGACCCCCUCGUGCCUCCUCCCAGGCCCCGCCCUCCUCAUCCUCCUCCCCUCGGGCUCGCUCAUUGGAGCCCCCUGUCUCCCCCCCACCUCGCGGCCCUUCCCUUGGCAAGUCCCAGUCUUACACUGGCGAGGCGGGGCCUCAGCACAAGCUACGGCCUACAGGUGGGGGUACUGUGUCGGGAGGGGGAGGAGCCAGAGGAGGGCCACAGGCUCCACAAUCCACCUCUCGCCCGGGCUUGGCCAACCACAGCACGUCCAAACCAGGGGGCGGGGUGAAGAAGGUGACUGGCGUCGGAGGGACCACCUAUGAAAUAUCGGUUUAAGUGCCGAAAGUCCUCCAUGGCCUAUCGGGCGGAGGAAAAUGAUUCCACUUGGACGACUUCCACUUCUCUCUCAGUUGGGCUGGAUAUUAUUCGUUUCUAUAAUCUAACCCAGGACCUCAUCUCUCACCUUGUUUCCUGAUGCAGUGGACCGACUGGAUGGGACUGUCUGGUACUCUUUCGUAUCUUUGUAAUGCCAAUGGCUGUUAUUCUCUCGCCAGCCUUUCAUAUAUGAACAAACCGCGAUUGAAACAGAGCUGGGGAUCAUCAAUGUGUUUUUACAUUAUAAAAUGGCCUCCUAAGCCACUCUGCGAGCCAUAGGUUCAUGAGACUGACGGCUGGGUACAGAAAUUGACCAUAGAACAGGCGUAGCUUCUCGCCAGUGCACUGUUUUUCCCAUGGUACAGCCCCUAAAGAAAGUUGAGCCUUUGAGCUUGUGGAUAUGGACCUGAUGACGGUUAGAAACACUGACUUCCUCUUCUGUGGUCUGAAAGGCACCCCACAACCCGUUAAUCCGAGGUUAGAUCCACUAAGAGGCAGUAGUCCGACUCUUGACAGGAGGGAAUAACGUGUUGGCACCCUUAAACACAGUAUCAUUUUAGUUUUAUAAAUCUUUUUUAAAAUAUUGUUUUAUAUAAAUGUGUAAAAAUAAAAAAUCAGAAUUACUGGGUGAAAAUGGUCGGGUGUUGGGGAUGGCUAAUGAUAACGGCAGCAAAGUGGACUGUAUAACUGCUCAUGAAAGCGAGUUUAAAUCAGCUGCCCGUUUCGUAACUGAUGGCUGCAUCAGCCAAUCGCGAGCUCUUUCUGGAAUUCCCAUCAUCCAAAGAGAAUGAUGAUCCCUGAACGGACAGCUGUAAUGGCGGAUAAAUGAGUCGUGUCGGAAAGCCACAAAGAAAUUUCUGAAUCGUGAUUGCAGCACAAGCAUCUUUGUGGAAUGUACGCUUGUGACGUGUCUGCUAGAUACAUUAUGCAAAUUCUCUGUUCGUAGCUUUAAGAUGAGUGUCUGUCUUUUCGGUGUUUGUUUUUGGGGGGUUUUUUUCUGCAAUGUUUUGUCUGUCAAUCAAGAUGCUAGACGAACCUUAUACCUUUAAUGGAUGGCCAGCCAAAUAGGGGAGGGGGCUUAUUUAUUUCAGACAACAAAACCUUGUAGUUCUGGACACAAUUCCAAACCAGUUACUGGAUUUUUUUUUAGCAAUUCCUUAAUUAUUAUUAUUAUUUUUUUUUUACAUUUUUUUUUCAUCUUUUCGAGUAAAGGAAGCAGGAUAUUCUGAGUGGCUAAAGUGGGGUUUUUUUUGUUGGUUUUUUUUAAUCGCAAAUUAUGAAUUGUUUUAAGAAAACUGUUUCAGGAAGAUGAAGGGACUGGUUUGCAAUUGGGUACUGUCUUGACUGGUAUUUGCCUUGAGACCAGAGCAAAGCAAGCGCGUUUUAAUUUUUUUUUUCUAUUUGUUUUUACACUUCUGAGAAAUGACUAUGGGCAGGUUAGGAUCUUUUUUUUUUUUGUCGUUUCAUGUUUUGCCCUGUUUAAUUUUCUUAAGGCCUUUUAAUGGUACAGUUCACUUUCUGUCCAAAACGUCUCGAUCAGAAUGACCAGGCAUAGGAAUGUGUGCGUGUAUGUUGCUUGUAUGUUUGUCCAUUACGGUUGGGUGUUUCCAGGAAGUUGUCAACCCCCCCCCCCCCCCCACUUGAUCAAAAUUCAAACAAAAAUUAGAAAUGCUGAAAUUGUGAAUGUUGAAAGCUGGCUGGAUGUUGGCACUUUCAUUUUUGAAGUAGUACACGCUUGAAGCACACAUAGGUAUCACCAUUGAGUCCAAGUGACUGUUAUUAGAGUUUGCGACCCCCCCCCCACCACCACCCCCACCCCAGCUACUGUCUUUGGUGUGCAUGUGAUUCCGUUGUGUUGAAUGCAUUGCUGGUGAGAAUAUACUUUUCUAAUGCCCGCCCGGUCCACGUGCGGGUGGCUACGAUAAGUAAAGCGGAAGCAUUAAUGGCACAAGCAGCAGUCAUACAGAGGAGGGGAGAGCCUGUGUAGACCCCUUUCUGCUCUGGUCAAGGAUGGUGGCCACCCAACAAUUGGAAACCAUGCGAGUACAUUACGUAUUGUUGUGUACCAGAAUAAAUACCGCAACUCUGGGCUGUGAUGAAUGGAAUGAAUUUAACAAAUAUCUGUAAUGAAUAUGUUGAGACAUUUCCAAAAUGGCCUUAUGAAGAAUUUUUAAAGAUGUCUUCUCAGAAUAAAAAAAAGAAAAGAAAAAAGGUCAAACUAAUGAAAGGUGGGAUGUGAUGUGAAUCUAAAAAAAGUUGUCAAGCCAUUAUUUAAAAAAAAAAUUUAUGUCUACUCACCACCCCUGACUUUGGUGUUGUAACACUCACAUCAGCUGGACGUCAAGAUAAAUAAACACACAUCAAGCA